UAUUUACAACCGAAGGGUUUAACAAUAGUGGUUACAAGUCAAGUCAAUUUGACACAACUGCAUUGGAGAACUCUCGGUUGUUCGGACUAUUUAGAUACCCAUAUGUUCUACUAGAUUUCAAACUUGAAAGUGAUAAAAAGGCCAUUCAUCGUACUCGUUAAGCUCAUUUGUGACUACGACUAGUGAUCAUUAAUUUCUCGGUUUAUUGUAGAGAACAGUGAAGAAAAGUCGCGUAGUGAACCUCACGAAAUAAGAAGUGAAAUAAAAUGUUAAACUUUGUGAUAGUUUUUGUGGUGUCGACCUGUAUUGCUUACAUAGGAUAUUACCAAUGGAGCAGGAGGAAAAUUCGUGCCACUUUCGCCAAAAUGAACGGUCCAGUUUCGUUGCCGUUGAUUGGAAAUUCGUACCGAUUAGUCAAGUGGACGUCACAAGAAUCCAUUUGGCGAGGAAUGGUGGAACUGGCAAACAGCUACGAGUCUCCGGUGGGUUUAAAUUUAGGUCCAGUAAUGCACGUGCUGUUGUACAAACCGGAACAUCUGCAGGUUGUGAUGAACUCACCCUACUGCCUCAACAAAGCCUUCCAAUACUCGUUCCUUCGUGUGGAGAAAGGAAUAUUCGCAGCACCGGCUCACGUGUGGAAAGAUCAACGUCGAAUGCUGAAUCCUACUUUUGGACCCGUUGUUGUUAACAGUUUUAUUCCUAUUUUCAAUCAAAAAUGCACAAUUUUUGUUGAUGUUCUCAAAGAGAAUUACGCAAAUCGAGGACCAGUUGAUGUAUUAAAUGCUCUUUCGAAGUGUACCUUGGAUCUCAUAUGCUCGACCGCAUUCGGGUUGGACUUUGACCUGCAGCGAUCGGAUGAUGGAGAUCAUUUUCUUUCGAGACAGGAAGAAUACGUGGAUAUCUUCAUCGAUCGGUUGGUCAAACCGUGGUUCUAUCCCGAGUUUAUCUAUCGUUUGACUAAGGGUUACAAGCGAUCAAUGGAAAUUCUUGAGGAAUCGAAGGACCGCAUGAAGCGCGUGAUGAGUGAACGGAACUUGAACCAGAACAACAAUGAUGCCGAAAGCUUGAACGAAAUGUCGCAAGACAGCUACGUUAAGAAGCCGCAAAUUUUCUUGGACAAAUUGUUGGAAUUAGCUCAAAAUAAUAGAGAACUCACGGAUGAGCACAUCAAUCAGCACCUGGACACAAUGGUUUUUGCCGGAAAUGACACGACGGCAGCUACGAUGUGUAGCCUUCUGCUGAUGCUGGCCAUGCAUCCGGAUGUUCAAGAGCGAGUCUACCAGGAGAUUGUUCAAGCCUGUCCCGACAAAGACAAGGAGGUUACAAUGGAUGAAAUAUCCCAUCUACCCUACACCGAAAUGGUUUGCAAGGAGACGAUGAGACUGUUUCCGGUGGGUCCCGUCAUAGGAAGAACAUCUACGGCGGACAUCAAGUUAGACGAUAACUACACGAUUCCUGCCAAUACAGCUCUGACGAUGUGCAUCUACAUGGUACAUAGGAAUAAGGAUAUUUGGGGUGCCGAUGCAAAUCAGUUCAAUCCGGAUCAUUUUCUUCCGGAGCAGGUCUCGGAAAGGCAUCCUUACUCGUUCGUGCCCUUCAGUGGUGGUCCAAGGAAUUGUAUCGGUAUAAAAUACGCCUGGGUUGCGAUGAAGAUUAUGUUGGUGUAUGUGCUACGGAGAUACCGAUUGAAAACGCCGCUGACGAUGGAUACACUUAAGAUUAAGUACACCAUUGUGCUGAAGAUGGUCAGUGGGUGUUUGCUUUCGUUGGAGGAACGACAGUAGUGGCACAUUUGAACAAAAAUAUCUAGAAGACCAUACUUUAGUUCUGUAUUUGAUUUAGAUUAUACUAGUAUUUAAACUAAAAGUACAUACCUAGUGAACGGAACAAUGACUGAGUAGUCUUUAACUCUUCAUAUCUGUAAAUAAAUAUCGUUAACCCAUACCGAUCCCCCACUCUCCUCUAUUAUUUUUACAAAAAGAAAAAUUACCUCGUACUCGGAAUUAAGUUGGAGUGACAUGAAUUGGAAAUAAUAACUCAAAGCAACACAAUAUAGUUUCAAUUAAUGUCAUUGUAUUUGUAUAUAAAAGUGAACGUUCAAUUAUUGUUUUAAUUAACUAGAUAUCAUAACCCCCGG